UAUAAUUCUAUGUGAUUUGCUCAAUAAUCAUAGAAGCCUUCGAUUGGCUACAAGCAGCAGUCUCAAACAGUAAAAGAUGUUCUGCUGGUGUAGUUUGAUCUACGUUCUGUUCUUCCUGGGAUCGUUUUUAGCGAUCGGGCUGCUGACAGUAUGUGUGCUUUUGCGCCAGUUGGUUAAGUUUCAGCGGCGUAAAAGAUCCAACCUCAAUGUUAAACAUAUAGCCUUUUUUCAUCCGUAUUGCAAUGCUGGCGGCGGUGGGGAACGGGUUUUGUGGUGCGCCAUUCGUUCCUUGCUAAAUCGUUACGAGGAUGUUGCAGUUUACGUUUAUACCGGCGAUUCGGAUGCGACACCGGCGGAUAUUUUGAAGAAAGCGGAAGGAAAUUUCAAUCUCACUUUGAGCGCAGAACGUAUCACGUUCGUGUAUCUUAGCAAGCGAUGCUGGGUAGAAGCUUCCAGAUACGCUCACUUCACAUUGCUUGGCCAAAGUAUCGGUUCCAUUGUGCUUGGUUUCGAAGCCCUGUUAAAACUUCAGCCGGACGUAUUCAUCGACACAAUGGGAUAUGCCUUCACGUAUCCUAUUUUCGCGUUUUUUGGUGGUUGUAAGAUCGGAUGCUACACACACUAUCCAACCAUCAGCACGGACAUGUUGAGACGUGUUCAGUCGCACACGCAAGCUUACAACAAUCGCGGGUACGUUGCUAAAAAUCCAUUCGCCACAUGGCUCAAAAUAGCCUAUUAUCGGUUAUUCUCACGGGUAUACGGAUGGGUAGGACGCUGCGCCGAUACCAUCAUGGUCAACUCAACCUGGACCGAGAAUCACAUCGUUUCGCUGUGGGACGUGCCAUAUAAAACUCAUCGGGUGUAUCCUCCUUGUGAGGUUUCGCAAUUGAAGAGGUUAGAACCGUUAGCUGAUGAACAAGACGAUCGAAUCACCAUUUUGUCAGUCGGGCAGUACCGUCCGGAAAAGGAUCAUCCGCUUCAGCUGCAGGCAAUGUAUGAGUUGCGUACUCUGUUGAAUAACGAUGAAGCACUAUGGAAUCGCCUGCGAUUACUUAUUGUUGGGUCGUGUCGUGACGAAGAAGACCGCGUUCGAGUGAAGAAUAUGCAGGAUCUUGCGAAACAUCUUUCUUUAGAAAACUCGGUCGAGUUCCGCGUAAACGUGCCAUACCAGGAGCUGUUGCAGUGCUACCAGCGGGCUAAGAUUGGAUUGCAUUGCAUGUGGAACGAACAUUUUGGCAUUAGUGUGGUCGAUUGUAUGGCAGCUGGUCUCAUUAUGGUAGCGAAUCGAUCCGGUGGCCCGCUGAUGGAUAUCAUCGAGACAUCCGAAGGCAGUCAAAAUGGGUACCUAGCGUUUGAUGCGUACGAUUAUGCGAGAUGCAUUGCUACCAUUCUCUACAAUACUCCCGAGUAUAAUUCCAAAAUUCGGGAAGCAGCACGUGCUUCUGUAGAUCGAUUUUCAGAAAAAGAAUUCGAGAACGGAUUCCUUAGAGCCAUCUCGCCUAUUAUGGAUUAACACUAAUCCAUGCAGAUUAACAUUAGUGAACCCCGUUCAGUGACUUUUAUUUGGUUGGAAAUGAAUCAUGAAUCAUAUAGAACACAACCCCACAGAAGUAUACAAUUUACUAUCGUCUGAUUGUGGAUAAAGAAGAUAAUUCUUCAAUCAUGAAUCGUUAGAUAUCUUUUAAGUGUUAAGUGUUCAGUUUUCCAAUUGUGGCGUUAGAAACAAUUGGAAAGUUGCUACAAAAAAUCGAAAAAAUGUGGUUAUUCGAAAGACGAACGGGGUAAGGAUUAUUUAUACAUUAGCGACAUUUUUUUCUAACAUAGAUGAAACAUUUUUGGCUUUUAAGACGGUGUUUUGCACAAAAAUAAUCUCUCUUCAACGAUGACAGUUUUUAAACUUGGUAGAAACCCAAAUAAAGCCCUCAGCCGAAAUCACUGUCGUAGCUACACAUUUGUGAGCGUACCUGUACCUAAAAGGUAUGCAAUGGGUGAAACAAAUGCUGUUGGAUGAAUC